AUGGCGUCCAAAAGAGCCGAAUAUAUAUUUGACGAACUAUUAUGCUUUUUGGGAACUCCCUUUUUUCAAAUACCAGUAUACUCUUUCAUAGAGAAUUAUUGUCUUGUAUUUGAUGGAAGUAUACAAGAUAGUGAAGAAUAUAGAGCCAUACAUAAAGAAUACAAAUGUCUGAUUGAUUCAUUAUUACAAGCUUUUCAAGAAGAUUCAGGUUUAUCUCAUGACCAGAUUAUUCAAGCCCUUCAUAACAUGAAUGCCAAGACUGAUAUUAGAGAAAUAUUUCAGGUAACUAUUUUAAUCUAUGUGAAUUAA